CAUUUGUUUUGAUUAUUUUUUAAUUCAUAAAAAGAGCCAGAUGAACUUUUUUCCAAAUUACUACUCGAUCGAGGAUAUAUUUGUAACCCAGGAGAAGGUAGAAUGCAAGGUCAACACGAAGCUUCAGCGUAUGGGCUUCUUGGAUGCCGGCGCAGAGGGAGACGACUUGGAACCGGGACGCAGCAUCAAUCUGCCGCUCUGGUAUAUCAAGGAACUGAAGGUGAACAACGCCUACUUCACCGUCUCCGUUCCCGAUAUCUACAAGAAUGUGCACAAGGCCGUCUGUGAGGCGGAGACCACGCACAUCGAACUGGGGCGACUGCAUCCGUACUUUUACGAGUUUGGCCGCUAUCUGACGCCCUAUGACCGCAACCAUGUCAUCGGACGCAUCAUCUUUGAGACAAUGCGGCAGCGUGUGCGUCAUCUGCUGGACAUAUCGAAGAACGAUGGACAAAUGGCCAAGUCCGAGCUGCGUCUGGACAACAUCGAGGCGAAGUUGCACGAGGCGGGCGUGCGAACCAAUACGCAGUACAUCAACUGGCUGCAGAUGACGGGCAAUAAAAUUCUCAUCUCAGAGCUGGUGGAGGAGCAUCAGAAGAAGCGAAAACGUGACCGCAGCGACGACGAGGGCGACAGUCUGCCCAGCAGUAAACGUGUCACCCUGUGACACACAAAUCCCCCAAAAGUUAUGAGUGUUUUUUUGUUUGUUGAAACGUUUUAGCAUUUUUAUUCUGUAACUCGCUGCUCGCUGCCCCGAUCAGAUCAGAUCCUAUGCAUACCAUGUAAAUACACACAUACGCACCACACACACACGCACACACACACGUUUCAUUGUGCCACAAAAAUACAAUACAUUCGGUCUACGUACAUAUGCAUAGAUAGUAGUUUCAAAAUACAUACAGAUCUAUAUGAGAUAUACAUAUCUAUGCGUGUAUAUUAUUGCAUGCCUGUAUAGCGACAGCAGGGGUUAAGUUGUGGUUGUUUGUUUUGUAAAUACAUAUACAUAGCUAAGCAUUUCUGACAGGACAGAAGCACAAUGCACACACGGUUAGGUACCAUCUAUAAACACCUACUGCUGCUCAACUCUCUCUCUCGCUCUCACUCGCUCACUCACUAUCUCUUCUAUCUAUCUAACUCUCUCUUGCUCUUGCUCUUACUCUUGCGUUGGCAAAAAGCCGGAAGAACCAUUGUCUUCAAACCAUAUAUUGUAUAUAAAUAGGUAGCGCAGCUACAUACAUACACACACAAAUACAAAUACACAUACACAUUUAAAUACAAUUUCUUGUAAGCUCAAUUAAAACAAUUUGGUUUUGAUGCACAUUUCACAAAUAAAACAAUAUCCAGCGAUCGACAGA